AAUCAUUUUCGGUCCAUUCUUUAACCUUUCCACUCCCUUGGGCAAAAAAAAGUAAGGUAAACACGCAGCAUUAAUGUCAGAAAUAAGAAAAUAAUAUGGAAAGGCAAAAUGCUGCUUCACCAUUUUCAUUUUCAAAUUUUAACACUAUCACUCCUCCUUCUUCUCCGAUGAAGUUCGGAUUUUCAUCUACUGAUUCCGGCUCUUCCUCGCCGGUUGCCGGUGAUACAGUUCCUGGACUAUCGGCUACAGUUCCUUCGUGGUUGCUCGGAACUAGUUUCGUUUCAACUGAUAACUCUACUUUACCUUGGUUUUCGAAUGCGAGCUCAUCAACUGUGAUUUCGUCAUCUUUAGGACCGACUACUACCAACAAUUGUUUUGCGGAUUCACUAUCAUCAGUCACUUCGCCUUCUUCGGUUUCAGAAAUUACUACUACGGUAUCAGCCACUUCAACUUCUUCUCUCUCUGGAAAAGUAUCUGUGUCAACUUCUUCACCACCACAACCAACCGUCUCAGCACCGGGAUUUGUAACUGUUCCUGCUAGUUGUUCACUCGAGCAGGAUGAGGUUGCUGCAAUUUUGGCAAGACAAUGUGAGAAGCUUCUGUCCCGCCAAGCUCAAGGCAGAGGGCAAAAUGAAAAGCAUGUUUCAGUCUCUCAGCCUUGUGCCUAUGGAGCAACAGUACUUGAAAUUACAAGCUCAAGCAAGCCUGUCGGUGAUGCUGCUUAUAUACCUGCUGCUACUGCUGAACAGAAAUAUGGGGAGUCCAAGCCGUGCAGUGUUCCCAUUACUGGUGUCCCUUCAACCUCCACUCCUUCAGUCCCGAUGGGCUCAAAGUCAGGCAGCUCAUUGCUUUCAAGCUCACAGCCUAUUGAGGAGGAGCAACCUUGCCUUCCACCUGUCGAUCUUCUGGACUCAACAAUUGAAAUGUGGGAGCGGGUUGUCGUGAAUAACAAGACGGAUCAAGAGGUCACUGAAGAGGGGCUUCGUCACUUCUACGAGGGCAUCAACUAUUUUUGUCUCCUGUCAGAACGCCUUCUAUUAGUCACUGAUAAGUAUGAUGAGGAGGCAAAAGUGAGGGAUGACAAGGAAAAGAUGACCUCUUCUUUGAAAGAUAAGUUGGCUAAAGUCAGUCGGAAGCUCGAGGACUCUAAGAAGGAGAAGGAGAGACUUGAGCAUGAGUUGGCCGGGGCUGCAAACAAGAUAACUGCUCUAACUGGUGAGAAGGACUCUAUUUUGCUGGUCCAGACGAUCCUUCACCAAACUAUCUCCGAGCUGAGAAGGGAAUUGGAGGAGGCUGCUCCUGCUGCUAUCCAGAAAUACAAGGCUUCCUCCCUGUACAGACAGGAGCUCAUGGAGUACGCUGCUCCUUACAUGGGAAAUGGGGUGAAGCUGGCCAUAGAGAAGAUCAAAGCUAAAGACCCCACAUUUGAACCCGAGACCUACGGCCUUGACAUGUACAUUCUCCCUCCUGAAGCUGAUGACCAAGAAUUCUCAUCAUAGGGAAGUGACGAUGGGUGCUAAUCACAAGUAAGCUUGAGAUAUGGCUGAGGGAGUAAGUUUAUGAGAUUUUGGUCAUAAAUGUGUUGUUGAUGUAAGUGCUGAAGAACGAAAAGAUCCCCGGAGCGUCGCAUGGAGCUCUUUCUUUUUUACUAAUAUGCACAUGCGAAUGCAACUUUUCUGGCUACUUUAUCUCUGAACUAGUGUGUUUGGCUGCUCCAUGGAUGUUUCUGGUGUUAAUAGAGUAUGUACGAAUGUGGUUAAGUGCUAACAUCAAAACUCAGCAGUAUAUAUAAAUUAAGGUGUUGCGAAUUCGUCACUUAAAAGUU